CCCGGAGCAGAAUCUCUGUGCUCCCGGAAGUGAGCGGCCAGCGGCCCAGGGGCGGCACGCCCGGCCCGGGCAGUGCUCGCUCCUUUCUGGAUUCUGUUCUGCGCCCAGGCGUGGGCGUCGCCAUGACCAGCGAGCUGGACAUCUUCGUGGGAAACACGACCCUUAUCGACGAGGACGUGUAUCGCCUGUGGCUGGAUGGUUACUCGGUUAGCGACGCGGUGGCCCUGAGGGUGCGCUCAGGAAUCCUGGAGCAGACCGGCGCCACUGCAGCAGUGCUUCAGAGUGACACCAUGGACCACUACCGCACCUUCCAUAUGCUCGAGCGCCUGCUGCACGCGCCACCCAAGCUGCUGCACCAGCUUAUCUUCCAGAUCCCGCCCUCCCGGCAGGCACUGCUCAUCGAGAGGUACUACGCGUUUGAUGAAGCCUUUGUUCGAGAAGUCCUGGGCAAGAAGCUGUCCAAGGGCACCAAGAAGGACCUGGACGACAUCAGCACUAAAACAAGCAUCACCCUCAAGAGCUGCCGGAGACAGUUUGACAACUUUAAGCGGGUCUUCAAGGUAGUGGAGGAGAUGCGGGGCUCACUCGUGGACAACAUCCAGCAACACUUCCUCCUCUCUGACAGGUUGGCCAGGGACUAUGCAGCCAUCGUCUUCUUUGCCAACAACCGUUUUGAGACAGGGAAGAAAAAGCUGCAGUAUCUGAGCUUUGGUGACUUUGCCUUCUGUGCUGAGCUCAUGAUCCAGAACUGGACCCUUGGAGCUGUGGACUCCCAGGUGGAUGACAUGGACAUGGAUUUAGACAAGGAGUUUCUCCAGGACCUGAAGGAGCUCAAAGUACUAGUAGCUGACAAGGACCUUCUGGACCUGCACAAGAGCCUAGUGUGCACCGCCCUCCGGGGGAAACUUGGCGUCUUCUCUGAGAUGGAAGCCAACUUCAAGAACCUGUCCCGGGGACUGGUGAAUGUAGCUGCCAAGCUGACUCACAACAAGGAUGUCAGAGACCUGUUUGUGGACCUCGUAGAGAAGUUUGUGGAACCCUGUCGCUCCGACCACUGGCCACUAAGUGAUGUGCGGCUCUUCCUGAACCAGUACUCAGCAUCUGUCCACUCUCUGGAUGGGUUCCGGCACCAGGCCCUCUGGGACCGCUACAUGGGCACCCUCCGUGGCUGCCUCCUGCGCCUCUAUCAUGACUGAGGCCCCUCACCUGCCACCCUGCCCGCACUGACAAUAAAGUUGCCAUGAAUUUGGA